GAAGCAGAUAAACGCCACCACUCUCUUUUCUGUCUCGCUCUCUCUCGCAAACCCCUUAACUCUCCCUUUCUAUCUCAAUCUUUUCAUAUCUCUUUAAACGCUUUCCCUUUUGUUUUCUCUGUCUUCGAUUCUUAUUUUUCUUCUGGAGGUUUCUAAUUUUCUUUCACAGAGAAGACAAUGGGAGCUUCGUUGCCUCCGAAAGAAGCUAACCUCUUCAAACUCAUCGUGAAAUCAUAUGAAACUAAACAGUACAAGAAAGGACUGAAGGCUGCAGAUGCGAUAUUAAAAAAGUUUCCUGAUCAUGGAGAAACGUUGUCAAUGAAGGGGUUGACCUUAAAUUGCAUGGAUCGUAAAACUGAAGCAUAUGAACUUGUUCGGCUAGGUGUAAAGAAUGAUGUAAAAAGUCAUGUUUGCUGGCAUGUUUUCGGUCUCCUCCAUCGGUCAGAUAGAGAUUAUAGGGAGGCUAUCAAAUGCUAUCGCAUUGCUUUGAAAAGCGAUCCAGACAACAUUGAAAUACUGCGGGACUUGUCACUCUUGCAGGCACAAAUGCGAGAUUUGACAGGAUUUGUUGAGACAAGACAACAACUUUUGACUUUGAAACCAAAUCAUCGCAUGAACUGGAUUGGCUUUGCUGUAGCCCACCAUUUAAACUCAAAUGCUGCAAAAGCAGUUGAAAUUUUGGAAGCAUACGAAGGGACAUUAGAAGAUGAUUAUCCACCAGACAAUGAACGUUGUGAGCAUGGUGAAAUGCUUUUAUAUAAGAUCUCUUUGCUAGAGGAAUGCGGGUUUCUAGAAAGAGCACUUGAGGAGUUGCACAAGAAGGAGCCAAAAAUAGUUGAUAAAUUGACUUACAAAGAACAAGAGGUUUCUCUCCUGGUGAAGCUUGGACGCCUAGAAGAUGGUGCCAAUAUUUACAAGAUUUUGCUCACCAUGAAUCCUGACAACUACAGAUAUUAUGAAGGCUUGCAGAGAUGCUUUGGCUUGCAUACAGAAAAUGGCAAGUAUUCUUCUGAUGAAAUUGAUCGAUUGGAUGCAUUAUACAGAUCGCUUGCACAGCAGUACACUUGGUCAUCUGCAGUUAAGAGGAUACCACUUGAUUUUCUGCAAGGUGACAAGUUCCGUGAAGCAGCAUUUAAUUACAUUAAGCCUCUUUUAACGAAGGGGGUUCCAUCUUUAUUCUCGGAUCUUUCUCCCUUGUACGAUCACCCUGGCAAGGCAGACAUAUUGGAGCAACUUAUUCUUGAGUUGGAGCAUUCAAUUAGGACCACCGGGACAUACCCUGAUAGGACAGAGAAAGAGCCCCCUUCAACACUUUUAUGGACUUUUUUCUUUUUGGCUCAGCAUUAUGACAGAAGAGGCCAAUAUGAUGUUGCUCUUUCAAAAAUUGAUGAGGCCAUACAGCACACGCCAACUGUAAUUGAUUUAUACUCUGUCAAGAGCCGGAUAAUGAAACAUGCUGGUGAUUUGGUAGCUGCGGCUUCAUUGGCAGAUGAAGCUAGAUGUAUGGAUCUUGCAGACCGCUAUAUAAACAGUGAAUCUGUCAAGCGAAUGUUGCAGGCUGAUCAGGUGGCGUUGGCAGAAAAAACUGCUGUAUUGUUCACAAAAGAUGGGGAUCAGCACAACAACCUUCAUGACAUGCAAUGCAUGUGGUAUGAACUUGCUUCUGGUGAAAGUUACUUUCGACAAGGUGAUCUUGGACGGGCCCUGAAGAAAUUUUUAGCUGUGGAGAAGCACUAUGCUGAUAUUACUGAAGAUCAAUUUGAUUUCCAUUCUUAUUGUUUACGGAAAAUGACGCUGCGUGCAUAUGUUGAAAUGCUAAAAUUUCAAGAUCGGUUGCACUCACAUGCUUAUUUUCACAAAGCAGCGGCUGGUGCAAUCAGAUGCUAUCUAAAGUUGUAUGAUUCUCCUUUGAACUCACCAGCUGAAGAAGAGGAUGAUGCAUCAAAGACUCCUUCUCAGAAAAAGAAAAUGAAGAAGCAGAGAAAGGCGGAGCGAGCUAAGAAAGAGGCAGAGGAUAAAAUUGAAGAAUCAAGUGCUAGUGGUGUCUCUAAGUCUGGGAAACGACACGUUAAACCUGUAGAUCCAGAUCCUUAUGGAGAAAAAUUAUUGAAGACUGAGGAUCCCUUGUCAGAAGCAACAAAAUACUUGAAGUUGCUUCAGAAGAACUCGCCUGAUUCUUCGGAGACACACUUGCUUUCUUUUGAAGUAAAUAUGAGAAAGCAGAAGAUUUUGCUUGCCUUUCAGGCUGUCAAGCAACUGCUAAGGUUGGAUGCUGAGAAUCCAGAUUCACAUGGCUGCUUGAUUAAAUUUUUCCAUAAAGUGGGCUCAAUGCCUGAUCCAGUGACUGAUGGUGAGACACUUGUUUGGAGUGUCUUAGAAGCUGAGCGUCCAUCCAUCAGUCAAUUGCAGGAGAAAACUCUUGGUGAGGCAAAUGAAAUUUUCCUUGGUAGACAUGAAGAUUCUUUGAUGCACAGAGUGGCAGUUGCAGAAAUGUUAUAUACCUUGGAGCCCACCAAGAAACUUGAAGCUAUUAAGUUAAUUGAAGAUUCAACAAAUAAAGUUGUGCCAACGGAUGGAGCACUUGGACCAGUAUCAGAGUGGAAACUCAAGGACUGUGUUGCAGUCCAUAAACUCUUAGAAAAGGUUCUUAUUGACCAUGAUGCUGCUUUGAGAUGGAAAGUGAGAUGUGCAGAGUACUUCCCUUACUCUACCUACUUUGAAGGUAGACGUAGCUCUGCUGUGUACAACGUGUUGAAUAAUCAGGUUAGCAAAACCCCUGUGAGUGGGGGUACCAGCCAUCCUGAAAUCAGUCAAGGUGCAAAUUCCAUUAUAUCAAAUGGAAAGCUUGAGGCAUUUAAAAACCUUACCAUUUGAAGAUGAUGCCGCUUAUGUGCAUCAACUGACAUCAGACUCAAUGAGUUUGAAUGGUGGGUCGCAUUAAAAGUACCCUAGAAAGAGUGCUUUGCUGCCGGGGAAAGAGGAGUAUCUUGAAGUUGUGCAAGCCGCCAACCAUUCGUCUGUUGCUUUGAGAUGAAAAUUCUCUGCCUUUCUUGAUUGUGGAAUGCAUUCCUUUGCAAAUGUGUAUAAUUUCUUGGCAUUUAUGAUUUUAGGGUUGAAUAUAUAUAUAUAUAUAUAUUAUAUUAUAUAUAUUUUUGCUUUUAAUUUGCUCACCAUUUGGUGAGAUGCUUAGAGUUUGGCUGGCUCCAUGGUUUUGCCCCAAAAUUUGAGGCACUAUAGAAAAUUUUUGGGUAUGGUUCUCAAAUCUUCUGGUCAGCAUAGAAAAAAAAAAAAGGGAGAAAAAAGACUGAUUUAGAGCUUAAUCUUUGGAGCAUGUUGUACUUCUUGGCCCAUUUCAUUAGCAGUCGUGUAUAAACACUACAUAAUGUGGAAAAUUUUGCUACGGCGUUGAAAAGAGUGGCUAUCAGAUAAUUUCCAGUUUUGUUGUUUA